ACGAACUAAAAAAACACAGCACAUCUGCAUGAAACAGCUGUUCAGAUUACACAAAUUUAAUUAAAUUGAAUUGAAAUCGCAGUAAUUUAAGCACCGCUGUUGCAAGGAAUUCCGCAAUUUUGGAUGGCUCUCGUCACCAAUCGAAUUUUAGUUAUUGGUUUUCAUGAUGUUUCGACACUAAGAAAAAAUCAGUUCUGCAUUAAAUCUUAAUAAUCAGAGAGAGGUUUGCGGACUUCACUGAUCGGGGUGAAGGCCACCUGGAAUUUUCUCGCGUUUUCCCAGGAAAAAACCAGCAAAAUGGAGCGCAAGGAAGUGGACACCGAGCAGUUCAUCGACCACACGCUGCUGGCCACGGAGCUGAUGCGGGAUCCCAACCACUUCAUAAUGGACCUGAUAGAUCACACCUACAAGGCCGAGGGACCCACCAAUUUGAGCACGAAUCCCGGGGCCGGGAACCCCGAGAACGGAGUGGGUUACGUGGAGAAGGAGUCCCUGACUCCCGAGCUGAACUUCCACAACACCAUAUUCCAGUUCGUGAACAAAUCCUCGCCGGAGAACGACGUGGUGCCCCAGCCGGAUUCCCAGCCAGCGUUUCCCGCUCUGGCCAUCGAGCCCACGGUCCCCAUCGACGUGUCCACGGGUCUGCACGAGGAGGAGGACCUGCUGUACGCGCACAACAACGCCUCCUGCACGAACGCCCGCAAGGUUCUGCCGCACAAGAAGCGCAUCUCCCGGAAGCUCAAGGGCAACCUGGACGCCGAUCUCGACCAGCACAAGCACGUGCAGGACGUGGCUCCCUCGGCCCUCUACAGCUGCGAGAUCUGCGGCUACGCGGUGCAGACCCAGCUGGACUUCUUCGCCCACCUCAAGCAGCACUACGAGCCCACCGUCUUGGAGCAGCGCCUGGUGGUCCAGGAUCCCCAGCAGCAGCAGAAGGAGCCGCUCGACAUGUGCGGGCUCUCUGCGCAGGACAAGCUGCAGCAGGAGCAGGCCAAACUGGACCAGGUGUUCCACGACGUGCAGCUGAACUUCGAGAGCUUCCACAACAUCGGCCACCACGUGGACGACGUGGCCAGCGUGGGCGUGGGCGUGGGCGUCAACAUGGUGCUGCACGGCCAGGGCGCGGACAAGCUCAAUCCCGUGGUGGUCAACAGCAACAGCACCCCGAACUCGGUGCCCGUGGUGGACGACGUGGAGUUCAGCGACACGGAGGACAUGCUCGAGGGCAUCCGCAACGUGGUGGACAAGGUCUCGAUAGAGGACACCUGCGACGAGCUGGUGGACCUCGAGCUGACCUCCAGCGGGAUGACGGCUCCGUGGUUCAACAACAACUUCCGGGACAUCGCCUUCCCGGCUCUCCUGCUGCCCGGCGAACCUCCGCCGGCUCCCGGGGAUCAGGCUGCUCCUCUUCUGAAGGGCCAUCCCCAUGAGAGCGAGCACAUCACCUUGGACUUCCUCAGCCCGGAGAAGGGAGUACCCCAGGUGGAACCGAAGCUGGAGAAGUCCCUGCCCGAAGCCAGCGAAGAGCAUCGGCAAACCUUGCUGGUGGCGCCGCCCGCUUGCCAAACGCCACCGCCUCCACCGGUGGGACCUCCGACCAGCUCCUCCAUCGAGCAGCUGCAGAGAUCCCCGCUGGAGCUGGGCGAGGAGUUCAAGCUGGAGGACGACGACAUGACCGACAGCCGGGCGGCCUCCCCCUUCGAGGAGGGAGAUCCCGAGGAGGCAGAGGACGCAGAGGAGCACAACGAGAGCUUCUCGAUGGAGGGCCUGGAGGCGAGUGCGGAGGAGGAGGCGGACGCGGAGGCGGAGAGCAAGACGCGGAGGAAGCACUUCUGCGACAAGUGCAGCCGGGACUUCAACUCCUACAACGCGCUGAAGUACCACCAGUACACGCACAACCAGCAGCGAUCCCACAAGUGCGACUCCUGCGAGAGGUCCUUCUACACGCAGAGUGCUCUGAAGGCCCACGAAAGGACACAUUCCGGGGUGAAGCCGUUCAAGUGCGAGAAGUGCGACCUGAAGUUCCGGCAGUGGGGCGACCUCAAGUACCACAAGAUCUCGCGGCACAGCGACGUGAAGGCGCACAUGUGCGAGUUCUGCGGCAAGAGCUUCUCCAGGCGGUACUCGCUGGUGCUGCACCGCAGGAUCCACACCCGGGAGCGCAACUACGCGUGCCAGCACUGCGAGAAGACCUUCCGGGCCAGCUCCUACCUGCUCAGCCACAUCAAGGUGCACACCGGGGAGCGGCCGUACGAGUGCUCCGUCUGCGGGAAGAAGUUCCGGGUGUCGGGCGACCUGAAGCGGCACUCCCGGAUCCACGACCCCGCCAAAAGCAGCCAGCCCAGUCAGCCGAACCAACCGAGCCAACCGCCUGCGGAAAAGGUCAGGAGGCGGCGGGCAGUGGCGAAUGCCAAUGCUAAGCUGAUGCCAAUCGAAGAAGAUGGCGGGGGGAUGGCCAUCCAAACCAAUAAGUCUGACGCCCUGCGCGACCCAGGUGGACAGGAAAUUCUGGGCUUAUAGCCUCCACGCUGUGCCAAGGUUUCUCCCAAGUAGGAUUACUCAAGAAUCUAUAUCUAUCGUACGCGUUUUGUACAAGUCGUGUAUAUAAAUAAGACUAAGGCUGCAUGCUCGUAUUCAUAGGAUUUCAAGGAAUUAUAGUUCAAAAUCGAACCUUAAGUGCAUCUGUAUCAUAAUUCUUCGGGUUUAUCAGAUCAGAUGGAUAGAUCUUACCUGCAAUAAAAAGGCACAAUUCAAACUCUUCUAUUGCA